AUGAGCGUCGCAGAUACGAAAGUCGCUGCUGUAACGACCGAUGAGAACUGGAAAGCUGGCCUCGUUCUGCCCGCUAAGGAUAAACGCUUUAAAACUGCGGAUGUUACGGAUACUAAAGGCGUCGAAUUCGAGGAUUUCUGCCUCAGCCGGGAUUUGCUGAUGGGCAUUUUUGAGAAGGGUUGGGAAAAGCCGAGUCCUAUUCAGGAGGCUUCUAUCGGUGUAGCUCUGUCAGGUCAAGAUAUCCUUGCUCGUGCCAAGAAUGGAACGGGUAAGACCGGUGCAUACUGCAUACCCGUCAUCGAAAAAAUCAAUCCUUCCAUCAAGAAAAUCCAAGCGCUCGUCAUCGUCCCUACUCGCGAGCUGGCCCUUCAGACAUCGCAGAUUUGUGUCGAGCUCUCAAAACACAUUAAGCUGAAGAUCAUGGUUACCACUGGUGGUACAGACCUGCGUGAUGAUAUAAUGCGUUUGAAUGGGUCGGUUCACAUGGUAAUUGCAACGCCCGGACGAAUUCUCGAUUUAAUGGAGAAAGGAGUAGCCGAUAUGUCGAAUUGUAAGAUGCUUGUGCUCGAUGAAGCUGAUAAAUUACUCAGUCAGGAUUUCCAGGGCAUUCUGGAUCGCCUUAUCUCGUUUCUGCCGAAGGAGCGUCAGAUUAUGCUCUAUUCAGCUACUUUCCCAAUGACAGUUACCGAGUUCAUGCAGAAGCAUAUGAGAAAACCAUACGAAAUAAACCUCAUGGAGGAACUUACCCUCCUCGGAGUCACUCAGUAUUACGCGUAUGUACAGGAAAAACAGAAAGUCCAUUGCCUUAACACAUUGUUCCGCAAGCUCCAAAUCAACCAGUCAAUUAUUUUCUGCAAUUCUACGCAGCGUGUGGAGCUGUUGGCGAAGAAAAUCACUGAAAUAGGAUACUCCUGUUACUAUAUUCAUUCGAAAAUGGCACAAAAUCAUAGAAACCGAGUCUUCCAUGAUUUUCGUCAGGGUAACUGCCGCAACUUGGUGUGCUCCGAUCUGCUUACUCGUGGCAUUGAUAUUCAAGCUGUAAAUGUUGUGAUCAAUUUCGAUUUUCCCCGAAACGCAGAGACCUACCUUCAUAGAAUUGGCCGAUCGGGAAGAUUCGGCCAUCUUGGUGUCGCUAUCAAUCUUAUCACAUAUGAAGACCGUCAUACUCUUCGACGUAUUGAACAAGAAUUGCGCACUCAAAUCGAGCCCAUACCAAAGGCUGUUGACCCAAAGCUAUACGUGGCCGAUUUCCAAAUUGUCGAUGAUGAAGACAACAGGGCGAAUGCCAACUGA